AUGUUUGCCCGGAGUAACUCGAACGAGCGUGCCUCGCCCAAAAAGGGCUCUCCGCCAUCGCCUUCUUACAUGAGCAGCGAGCAGUUUGCCGCAUAUCUUAAAGAUCUACGCUCCAGUCGACUCAACAGGCCUGGUGGUGCACGUCCACUGCCCGCUUCGAAGCGCGAUACUGCCUCUACUGCUGCUUCUGCUGCCAGUCCCUCGCCUAGCAGCCGCCCAUCUUUCACAACCGGCCCUCGCGUCUCCGAGACCGCCUCCUCUCCCGUCCAGAAUGGCACUUCAGAAGCGAACAAUGCGUCCAGCCCGACUCGCGAGCUGUCCCCUGGCCGCAACUCCAUGACCGCCAGCGUUGGGUCCAAGUUUUCAAACGUCACCCGAGGUAGGGAUUACUACCCGGACGGUCCAACCCGGCCCUUGAAGCCGUCAGAGGUGGUGCCCUCGGCUACUUAUAUCGAACGCGGCCAGAGAUGGAUGGAGAAGGAGGAAGCAGUUUCUUUGCGUAAGGCUAUGGAGGACAUGGACCUAAAGGGACACAGCAAGAGCGCCAGCGGUGGCCCACUGGUCAGGCCGGAUGUUGGCGCCGGCUCCGGCUCCGGGACCGAUGAGGCUCCAGAACAAACUGAGGAGGAAAGGCGUCUCUACGAAGCCGCGCUGGCUGAGGCAGCUGAGUUGGUAUGGCAGCACGAAAACCCCGGGAAAGAAAGGCCGCCCGAGCCAGGCACCCCAUAUCGCUAUAGGCCUCACUUGCGCAAAGACAGCUACGCCCAUGCCCGCACAGCCAGCGUCAAAUACGGGAGCGACGUGGCCCCUACUGGUCUGGCCAGAGGUACGAGCAUGUACUCGAUGUCAGGAAGUUCUUCGGAUGGAGAUGAAGCAGCACAAGGAUCAACUCGAAGCCCAGUAUCUCCCGCUUCAGCUCGCCCGCUGCCUUCUAGGCUGCCGGAGACACCCAAGGCGAGCCACGAGCGUAUGCGAGACGGCUCCCCGGAAUCGGGUAACUCCAAGUCGUACAGCACUUUUUCGGGUAAUAGUGGUUACGCACGGAGUGGUUCCAAGAAGAACAUAUUUGGUGAGCCCCAGAAGUCGUUCCCAGGUGAAAAGAUUUCGGAGGAAUCAGAGGCGCGGUCAUCAUCUUCUAGCCUGGAUAACUUUGCACCAACCAGAACUCCUGAGCAGCUGGGAGCGAAGCCCAAGAACCCCCUAGGUCGUACGGCCGAUCUAGGCGAAAAGUAUGAGAUUCACCGCAACCCUGUCACACAAUCUCGCAACCCCCAGUACACUACCAACGUACGCCCCGCUCUGCCCUGGGAGAGAAAGAAGGCGCCGGUGCAGGAAGAGAUUCCUCGAAAGCACGGCAUGGAGAUUCGCAGCGAUGAGAUACGGCAAGCCACAAGCAUGAAGCUGAAAGACCGUAGCGUCAAGCUACCCACGCCGUCUGCCGUCAGUGACAAUCCCGGUCGACCCAUCGUAAGCUUUGACAGAACAUGGAAAGCUCCAGAUGAGGCUGCUGAUGAUACGCCAGAAGGACCGUCGAGAUUCGGCAAGAGUGACGACCGCUCGACGCCGCUCGUCCCUGGACGUUUCCGCACCCAGCAGUCGCAGCAACCCCAAGAAGAGCCGCUGCAGCCGCAACACCAACACCAACACCAACAACAGCAGCAGCCGCAACAGCAGCGAGCACUCCCGCAGCAACCCCAACGAUCACAACAACAACAACAACAACAACAACAACCAAGACAGCAGCCGGGCUCGACGCCGAACGUCCCUGUUAUCUCUGUUUCGAAUGGUUUUUCAACCCCACCGUCGUCGUCGUCGCCAACAAGACGCCCACUCCCAGUCCCAGCCCCACCCAGUAUUCAAAUAAAUGGGCCGUCAUCUUCAUCAUCUUCUAUCCCUUCAAUAUUUAUUCCCUCAAUGUCUGUCCCCUCGAUCGCUGUCUCAGAGCCGGCUAAAUCAUCGUCAUCAUCAUCUAAUAUCCCCCAGAUUGUCCUCCCCGGCGGAUCGGACGAUGAUGGACCUAGCAUUCCCAUGAUUGUCACGCCCGACGACAAGCCCAGCAACACGGCCAACAGCAGCAGCUCUCGACGCCCGCUUCCCACCCCGGGAUCCGGAGGUCGACACAUGCCAGCUCGGCCGCGCAGUCACUGGUCACCGGCCCCCAAGCCAGCAGGCAGCCGCGCCACCGCUCGCUGCCACGAGUGCGGCAACUUUAUCGAGGGCCGCUUCGUCUCGCUGGCGGGGAUGACAGAGCGCUUCCACCCGCAAUGCUUCGCAUGCUACUCAUGUGGCACGUCACUCGAGGCGCUCGAGAUCUCUCCGGAGCCAGAUGAGCACCGGGCGGCGCGUCUCGAGCGCAUCGCCCGACGGGCCGCGGGCGAGCACCUCCCCGAGACUCCCGGGCAGACCAUGGCCGAGGACGGGGACGCGCGCCUCCGGUUCUACUGCCACCUGGACUGGCACGAGCUGUUCGCGCCGCGGUGCAAGCACUGCACGACACCCAUCAUGGGCGAGCACGUGGUGGCGCUGGGCCACCACUGGCAUUUCGGCCACUUCUUCUGCGCCGAGUGCGGCGACCCGUUUGAGCGUGGCAUGACGCAUAUCGAAAAGGACGGCUAUGCGUGGUGCGUGUCGUGCCAGACGAAGCGGACCGAGCGCAGGGCGCCCAAGUGCAAAAAGUGCCGCAAGGCGGUCAUCGGCCAGUACAUCAGGGCGCUCGGUGGCGAGUGGCACGAUGAGUGUUUCCGGUGUGCCGACUGCGGAGGCGGGUUCGACGAUGGGCAGAUCUUUCCCAGGGAAAGGAGGGCCGGUUCGGUGCCGGGCGAGAUGGUUGUGCUUUGUACUGGGUGCAUGGAGAGGGAGUUGAAAGCAUAG